UGCGUUCAGUAUUUUAACGAGGGCCACUCGUACGCUGUAAUCGUGGACAUGAUGUCAGGUCUACACGGUGUAAACAUCAGCUUGAGGACUCUUAAAAGUAAAGUGAACGAAGCCGGGAUGUACCGCAGAAAGGAUUAUUCCUCUCCAAACGCCGUGAGUAACGCCAUCAGAUCUGAACUUCGUGGACCUGGACAACUAUUUGGCUACCGCACGAUGUGGCAGGUACUUAAACAAAAGUACAAUCUUCGAGUGAAGAGAGAUGAUGUGAUGGAUUUCCUCCGGGAGCUCAAUCCCCGAGGGUGUGAGAGCAGAGUACGCAGAAGGUUUACAAAAAGAACCUAUCACUCAAUGGGACCUAACUAUAUGUGGCACGAAGAUGGUUACGACAAACUUAAGCCAUUCGGUUUGGCCAUUUCGGGAUGCAUAGAUGGAUUUUCACGUAAAGUAUUGUGGCUUGAAUGUGGACCAACAAAUAAUAACCCAACAGUGAUUGCUCAAUAUUUCAUGUCAUGUGUGCGAAACCUCUGUGUCAUCCCCAUGAGACUGAGGACUGAUUGCGGCACUGAGAACGGCAUAAUGGCUGCAAUUCAAUGUACCCUACGCCACCAUCACAGUGACUACUACUCUGGAGCGUCCAGCCACAUGUAUGGCUCAUCUGUAAAUAACCAGCGUAUUGAGUCCUGGUGGUCUAUAUUUAGAAAGGGAAGAAGGACUUGGAUGAGUGUGUGAGACUGUGGAACAGUCACAGGAUUUGCCCUUCCAGAACAGCAGCAUGUCCAGGAGGAAUGCCCUAUGAACUCUACUACUUACCACACAGGUUUGGCUCCAGAGACUGGAUUUCAAGUGGAACAGGCUGAACUGGAUGCCCUUCCUGAGGCCAGCCUGUCAAUGACUCCUUGUGGGGACCCAAACAUGCAGGAAUACUUGGACUUUGCCAUGGGACACAAUCAGAUACAGAAGCCGGAGAACUGGGAGUCUGCAUCAGAACUGUAUAUGAAACUAAAAGAAAUGGCUCAGCUAUGAAAUGAUCAAAAAGGUUUUUUUUGAAGUGGUGAAACACUGCUGCCUGUCUGAACACAAUAUUUAUGAAUCUGUCACUCAAAGCUUAAUUGUUUAAGUGUGAAG